AUGACUCAUAUCGCAUCUCAACCGCAACGACCCGGUCGACAAACUUCUGCCGCCGCCGGCGGCGUGGCUCCGCCUUUACUCCUCGAAACAGUCCGACCUGACAACAUACCAGUGGAGGAAUAUGGGCUCUUCUUUCUCAACAAGGAGCAAUGUGAAGACACCAACCGCAAUGAGCAAGCGAGGUGCAAUACUGAUGUGGUCGCUCUCCAUGGCAUCAACGGUGAUGCUUUCAACACUUGGACACAUUCAAAUGGUCAGCUUUGGCUCCGAGAUUUCCUGCCCUCAGAGUUUCCAGGCGCUCGGAUCUUCUCCUUCGGAUACCCUUCCGAAGUUGCCUUCACCCUCAAUACUGGCAAGCUAGACGAUUUUGCAAGGUCAUUGCUAGUAAAGCUGUCGGCGGUCAGACAUCGACCGGAGCAAGCGCGACCGAUCAUCUUUAUUUGUCACAGCAUGGGUGGGAUCGUCGUGAAGCGGGCACUCAUCCUAGCAGUACUCGACGCACCUGAAUACGACAGUAUUCGGAGCGCCGUUACCGGGAUACUGUUCCUUGGUACACCUCAUCAUGGCUCAGGUGCGACGCAGUAUCCCCAAGUUUUAGCGAAUGUGGUAAAUGUAGCUUUGGCCGGCUCAUCAGGAUUUGUGGGGCGAAUCAGGACGGAUCUCAUAAAGUCUUUGGAGAAGGACUCAAAAGUGCUAAAGUCUAUCUCAACAAACUUCAGGAAUCGGGCUUCAAAGUUCAAGAUCGUAUCGUUUGUUGAGCAGAAGACAACACCCCCCCCUCAAGGAACGACUGAUAUCAAUAUUCCAGCAGUACCGGCUGAAUCGGUUUUCUACAGCGAAGAGGAGGAAGAAUGCUUGCGGUCGUUAUCGUUCAAGGAAAUCGAGUUUCGCCGCCAGACAGUUGAGAGCGCUCUUGGGAAGACCUGUGAUUGGCUAUUCAGCCAUCCGACCUAUCAGAGCUGGGAUAACACAGACAGUUCUACCCAGCAUAACGACCUGCUCUGGAUAGAAGGCAAGCCAGGAGCCGGGAAAUCCACCUUGAUGAAGGAGGCUUUUAUGCGUAAAUUGAAAAGCCGCACAAGAAUUUCCCAUGUUAUGGUGGUUGCUUUCUUCUUCAACGCACGUGGUGGCUUUCUAGAAAAGAGUAUGGUUGGGAUGUUCAGGUCUUUGCUGAAUCAACUAUCCGAGCAAGUUCGAGCAGUACUAACCGCUCUUCUGCCGACCUAUCGACAGAAACGGGACCUCCACCAACCGGGUUGGACAUGGCAGCUAGAAGAACUGCAGGAACAUGUAUUAGCAGAUUUCUUUACCAACGCCACAAUAUCUGCGAAGAGCAGCAACUGCAAGCUCAGAGUUUGUCUCUCAAGUCGCCACUACCCAAACAUCCAGCUCCACAACUGGUCCGAGAUUCGGAUGGAGGACUGCAACACAAAGGACAUCUCCACCUACGUUGUUGCCAAGCUUGGCACUCGUAUCAACUCGGACAUAACCGUCCAGCUUCUAUCGGAGUCGAUAACCGCUAAAGCUUUAGGUGUCUUUCUAUGGGUCGUACUCGUUGUCAGACAACUUGUGCAAGCGCUUGUUGAUGAAGAAACAGACGACAAACUGUUCGCAAUCGUCUCGUCCGUUCCGCAAGGGCUAAGCGAUGUUUUCAAGCAGAUCGUCGACUCAAUUUCUCAAGACGAACGCCGUGAGUUCGCAAAGAUAAUGUUCUGGGUGCUGCUUGCGCAAAGACCGUUGACAGCAACGGAGUUACGCUAUGGAUUGGCCUUCGGGACGGCCCAUAAAACUCAGAAGGACUGUGAGGCAUCGCCAGCAUUCGUUAAAAAAGACGAGCAAAUGGAGAAGCUUCUACGCAAGCGGUCAAGAGGCCUAGCCGGGAUUCUUAAAAGUGGAAGCGGCGGCCCAGCCACAGUUCGAUUUAUUCACGAAUCGGCUGGUAUCCAGAACGAUUCCAGGCACGUUGUCUGGCUGGAUAACCUCUUCACGUCAGCCCGCCUUCUGUCAACACUUCGUGAGCAGGGGUUUGGUGCUGCUGGCACAGUCCGAACGACUAGGACGAAGGCUGAAUAUCUGGCGGAGACUGCUCCAAAUAUCCAGCAGUCACAGCAAUCCCAGCAGCAACCUCAGCAGCGAUCUCAGCAACAAUCACGAGAGAAGGACCGAGGUCUUGAUCCAUCGCUGCUGGAAUUGAAAAACAACUUUAGCGGUCAAAUCCCAUGGGGGAAGCUGUACGGCUGCCUAAGUAAGGAUGGGAAAGUACUCGAAUUCGCCAGGAAGGAUCAGAAUGUAGUACUGUUUGUGAGUACUGUUUCUCAGGGGGACAGGUUCAUAAAGCGCCUUCGAGAGAGACCUCCAAUCACAGCUACUAACGCCAGAACUACUCGUGCUAUCUUUAGCGAUCAAGUUCUUAAGGAGCUAGAGAUUCCUGAGUUUAUUAACCUCUAUAAUCACUUCAUGAACGGUGUCAAUAAGGCAGAUCAGCUACGCAUCUACUACAACACCCAACGGGUCCAUCUAAAGUCAUGGAAGCCUCUCUGGCACUGGCUACUAGAUGUGGCUAUUGUCAACAGCUACAAGCUCUCCUACUACGCACGUCACGACCCAGAUCUGCCUUGCGAACGGUACACCAAGCAACGCAAGUUCCGCCAAGACCUUGCCAUUGAGCUAUUCAAGCGUUCAGAGCGACUCACCACUAGCCACUACGAUUCCUCUGUACCUCUAGUAGACCUUGUAUACCCAGCGGAGGACGAUGAGGAGCAUAUAAAGUAUGAGAAGGGCAAGUUGAAUCACUGCAAGGCCUGUGAGGCAGCAGGGAGGAAGCACUCUGUAGCAUGGAAGAUUGCUGGGUAG